UGGCAGCGCUAAGGUCACGGGGUCGAAGUCGAAAUCGUGAGGCGCGCGAGGGAUCGAGCUCGGCUCGAGUGUCAGUCGGGUCAACGGGGUCAUCCAGGCAACAAGCAUUUUCUUUCGUGUCCGAGUGGGUUGUGGACCCAGCAGACAAGGGUAGCCGGUCGACCGAUUCGUAUCUUUCUUCGGUAACGAUCAGGAGUUCCUUUGAGAAAGAUGGCCAGAAAAUUUUGCGUUGGAGGCAAUUGGAAAAUGAAUGGAUGCAAGAAUAGCAUCAAAGAAAUUUGCGCGCAUCUCAAGAACGCGUCUCUGGAUCCGAACACAGAGGUAGUCAUUGGCUGCCCUGCUGUGUACCUCGACUACACCCGUAGCUUGCUGCCUCCAUCGAUUCAUGUGGCAGCAGAGAACUGCUACAAGGUUCCCAAGGGUGCUUUCACUGGUGAAAUCAGCCCCGCCAUGAUCAAGGACUGUGGCUGCGACUGGGUGAUCCUGGGACACUCGGAGCGACGUAACAUUUUCAAGGAGUCGGAUGAGCUAAUAGCAGAGAAGGUGGAACACGCCCUGGAUAAUGGCCUCACUGUAAUCGCAUGCAUUGGGGAGCUUCUGGAGGAGCGUGAGGCUGGCAAGACGGAGGAAGUCGUCUGCAGGCAGACGAAGGCUAUAGCAGCUAAAGUGAAGAACUGGGACAAAAUUGUACUUGCGUACGAGCCUGUGUGGGCCAUUGGCACAGGCAAGACUGCUACACCAGAACAGGCACAAGAAGUACAUAGCCAGCUGAGGAAAUGGCUGCACAACAAUGUCUCUGCUGAUGUUGCCAACAAAGUACGGAUCCAGUACGGAGGGUCCGUGAAUGCUGGCAACUGCAGGGAGCUGGGGAAAAAGCCAGACAUCGAUGGAUUCCUAGUAGGAGGUGCAUCUUUGAAGCCAGAGUUUGUGGAUAUCAUUAAUGCCCAAAAAUAGAGGCAGCAAUGUAGUAAAGAAUUUUCUUCUGA